UGAGGGGAGGUAGGGGUGGGGGGCAGAGGGGCGGUGCCGGUUGCGGCUGUGAGGGGGGCUCCAGCGGGAAGAUGGACGACUUCCAGUCGGCGGAGGAGACUUCCUUUGUUGUUGAUGAAGUCAGUGGCAUCAUUAAAGAGGCCAUAGAAAGUGCGAUAGGUGGCAAUGCCUACCAGCACAGCAAAGUCAACCAGUGGACAACGAGCGUGGUGGAACAAACCCUGAGCCAGCUCACAAAGCUGGGCAAGCCUUUCAAGUACAUCGUGACCUGUGUGAUUAUGCAAAAGAAUGGUGCUGGGCUACACACAGCAAGCUCUUGCUUCUGGGACAACUCCAGUGAUGGAACCUGCACCGUGAGAUGGGAGAACAAGACCAUGUACUGUAUUGUCAGUGCCUUUGGACUUGCAAUAUAAUUGCCUUGGGAUCAUUCAUCCUUCUCUUUUCUACUCCAGCACUUGAUUCCAUCUCUACUCAAACUGUGAAUACACUGAACGACUUCUGGUUUUAAUGUACCUUUUAAGGAACUUUUUUUUUUUUCCAAACGUAGAAAUGUGAAAACACGCUGUUACAUGGUUUAUGUUUGUCCUUAGUAUUGUGCCAGUGCUGCCGUACUGUCUUAACACUUCAAGAACUUCUCUUCAAGGUGCUAAUACUGAAAUCUGCUGCAGCGUAAACACUUUCUCUAGAUUUCUUUUUUUUAAGACCAAUGCAAAUGAGACACCGACUUUUCACACUUUGUACUUUUGGUUAGCAUUAAAUUAUUGAAAUUCACAA